GGUUCUGGUAGUAUGAAUCGCCCGAUCUAUGUCGUGGACGAAGUGUCGCGGGCUGUGUGCUCGGUUGAGAAUGUGCGCGAAGCACAAAAGCUCUACCGAUACGAUCCCACGAACGUCGUCCCAGGCGUCGAGCUCCUCUACAGCCUCAGCCUUCCGCUUCCUAUUGUGAACAAGAUCAUCAAUUUUGUUGGUAUUUGGACCCGCAGAGUCGAAGAAUUGACUCACAGCAUCAACGGUCGUGCUGAUCUCGACACAGAAAUCCUUCAUCUUGUUGUGCCAUUCGAUUCUGCCAUUGACGGUGUCGUCCAAGUUCGUCCACCGGUGGAACUCGUGUUCGAUUGUGUGUCCCACGACCAAGGUUGGGCCACCGAAAACCCCGAACUGAAUCACACGUACCAAGGCUGUCACAGCUGGAUUGAGUUUGAAAUCCAAGAUGCUCACGGUGUUACAAUUGUGCCUCGCCGCGAUGUCUGCCGCAACUUUCGCGCCUCGUCGUCGUCUCGUCAUCACAUGCUCAUUGUCCGUGAUCGUGAUGUACUGGAGAAUGUCUUGCCUGGACACAGCAUCGUGGUGCAUAUGCGAGCUCAAUACGGCGGCUGGGCCAACCACGUCGAUUUUUGCCGCGUUGCUCUUCACCAAGUUGCCCACGUGCGCGACGAAGUGGAUCAAUUUGAACUCCGCAAGUGGGCAAAGACUGCAUUGCUACGUGUGGACCCGGGACAGCACGUGAUGCCACGUCAACUCGUGCCUUUGAAUCUGGAUAGCAUGAUGGCACUUGUGGUUCAGCUUUUACGAUCUUAUUGUACAGUGAGCUAACCCAUUAUGUCGUAAAAAAUGCCAUCGCGUUCCAGUUAACCAACAAUAGUGCUUGAGCCUCUGCAACACAAACGUUAACGCUAUCCCUUUCAACCACGGCUCAGCAUCAACCGUUAUAUAUAUACUAACUGCCAAGGACCGCCAUCCAACGAAGUUUCAACCGCGGCCACUAUGGAUUAGGAUUGACGGUUACUCCAUCGGC